AUGAAGCCGAAACGGCAGUGUCAAAGAGAGUGGGGAGCCAUCUCGACUCAUUCCCACUACCAAAAAAAUCCCCAUCCUUUUCUAUCCUUUCAUUUUAGAAACUAAUGUCUCCUACUGGUCUGGCUAUAUAAAGUGAAGCAUCGCGCACUAGGAGCUCCAGAAGUAGUAGUAAGCAGCAAUGGCGCAGCAGAUAGAGCACACCCACCUCCUCCUCCGUGGGCUCAACCUCCACCUUGCUCAAGUAGGCAAAGAUGAGCUUGGGACGGUGGUGUUCUUGCACGGCUUCCCGGAGAUAUGGUACACGUGGCGCCACCAGAUGCUGGCCGUGGCCGCCGCCGGGUACCGCGCCAUCGCGCCCGACAGCCGCGGCUACGGGCUCUCCGACCAGCCGGCGGAGGACGUGGAGGCCACCUGGGAGGACCUCGUCGCCGACGUGCUCGCCAUCCUCGACGCCCUCUCCAUCCACAAGGUGUUCCUGGUGGGCAAGGACUACGGCGCCAUGCCGGCGUACGACUUCGCGCUGCGGCACCCGGACCGCACCCGCGGCGUCAUGUGCAUGGGCAUCCCCUUCAGCCCGGGGCCCUUCAACUUCGACACCAUGCCGGAGGGGUUCUACAUCCUGCGGUGGCGCGAGCCCGACAGGGCGGAGGCCGACUUCGGCCGGCACGACGUCCGCCGCGUGGUGCGCACCAUCUACAUCCUCUUCUCCCGCAGCGACGUCCCGAUCGCGGAGGAAGGGCAGGAGAUCAUGGACCUCGCCGACCUCUCCACGCCCCUGCCGCCGUGGUUCACCGAGGAGGACCUCGACGCCUACGCCGCGCUCUACGAGAAGUCCGGCUUCCGCUACCCUCUCCAGAUACCAUACAGGUCUCUGCACAGGAUGACGAAGCACGUGGACCCCAAGUUCCAGGUCCCCGUGUUCAUGGUGAUGGGGGAGAAGGACUACUGCUUCAAGUUCCCUGGUUUCGAGGCCGCCAUGAGGAGCGGCGUCAUGAACACCUUCGCGCCGGACCUCAAGAUCACCUACAUCCCUGAAGGAAGCCACUUCGUGCAGGAGCAGUUCCCGGACCAGAUCAACGACCUCCUACUCGGCUUCCUCAAGGACCAUCCCUGAUCUAUAAUCCAUCGCCGGACGAGAGUGAGCUCGGGGUUCCCAAUGAAUAAAGCUUCCGCCACCAUUGCUCUGCUUGAACCAUGUCGCUCUGAAUUUUCUUGGUCGUUAAAAAUGGAUAGUGUAAUGUAAUCAUGCCCGUCUGGUUUUUCAGUUUUUGAAUCGGGUAGCUCAUCAUCGAUUAAGAAACAUUAUAUUUCUA